CGCUACUACCGAAACGUGCAUGCUGUCGUCUUCGUUUAUGAUGUCACGAAGAUGUCAUCCUUCACUAACCUCAAGACGUGGAUCGAGGAGUGCAAUGGGCACGCGGUGUCCCCCCUUGUCCCCAGGGUGCUCGUUGGGAACAAGUGUGACUUGAAGGACCUGAUCCAAGUGCCAUCCAGCAUGGCCCUCAAGUUCGCCGAUGCUCAUAAUAUGCUUUUGUUUGAGACCUCGGCCAAGGACCCUAAGGAGAGCCAGAACGUGGAUGCCAUCUUCAUGUGCCUGGCCUGCCGG